AUGGCUUUGUAUCGACAGCCAUGGCCAAUAUCAUCAGCUGUUGCGCCACAGCUUGAUCCUUCAAUCCCCGUUGAAGAAGAAAAGACACCAAACUACCAUGCUGAUCGAUUCUUUCCCAUUCAUCUUGGCCAAGUUCUAGGCGGGAGAUAUCAAGUCGCUACAAAGUUAGGCUACGGUGCCAACUCGACUGUAUGGUUGGCUAGAGAUCUCAACCGGUGGCGCUGGUCGCGUGAGAAAUAUGUUGAUAUCAAGGUUAAUGCGAUCAAACAGCCUUCACGGCGAGUCCUUAUUGAGAAUGAACUCGACAUCAUGACGCACAUUUCUCAAAAGGUACAUCUGGAACUCACAACUGCCUCGUCUUGGAGGCUUUACGCGAACCUCUAUGGCUCUACCGCAAAAGAUCUCAAGCCAGACAACAUCAUGGUGAAAAUUGAAGAUGCUUCGAUUCUUGAACGAGACGUUCAGGAUGAGUUUGAAAGUCCGCUUCCACAAAAGCAUCUUGAUGGACGUACUAUUUAUCUAUCUCGAAAUAACUAUGGACCGCUUUCUAUUCCAACAGGCAUCAUUCAAAUUGCAGACUUCGAUCUGUCUGUUCGGACAAAGCCCGGUCAAAUACAUAUGGGUGCCAUCCAGGGAGAAAUGUACCGGGCCCCAGAAGUGAUACUCAACGCGGGCUAUACAUAUUCUGCUGAUAUAUGGAGUCUCGGAGUCAUGUUAUGGGAUUUGCUCGAGGGAAAGGGACUCUUCGAUACUACAGCCUCUGGCGAGGCUGAUGAAUAUGAUGAUCAAUCACACCUUGGUCAGAUUACAGCUUUGAUCGGGUCUCCGCCCGGGAAUCUUUUAUCCAGAGGCCAAAGAACUUCCAUGUUUUAUAAGCCUGACGGUGAACUUAAGGAUCCUGACCGUAUCCCUUAUGAUUUCAACUUUGAGAACACCAUCAAUUGUAUGAGUGGGGAGGAGAAGCUGAGAUUCAUCCAAUUUAUCAGGAGAAUGGUGAAAUGGAGCCCAGAGGAAAGAAGUACUGCAAGAGAACUCCUUGAAGACCCGUGGCUGCAUGAAGAUUUCUCGCAAGAUUAG